AUGCCGUCCAUACCAGCAGUUGGAUAUAGGUUUCAUCCAACCAAUGAAGAAUUAAUUGAUAGUUAUUUGAAGCCAAAGGUGCUCGGUUAUGAAGUGCAAGGCUUACUCAUCUUGGCCGAGGUUAAUGUUUGCAAACAUGAACCCUGGGAUCUACCUGUAAUUAUUAUUGAUGGUGAUGUAGAUAUAUCGAGCAUAAAGUCAGAUGAUCAGGUGUGGCAUUUCUUAAAGUCAGAUGAUCAGGGAGGAUACGUUCUCUGUAAAUUGAAGAAAAAAUCAAAUGUAAAGACCCAUAAACGUGAACCCAAGCACUGUUUGGCUUCCGUCUCUAAUUUUGAAGCUGAACCAAGCUGCAGUAUGGCUUCUGAUUUUGAAAAUCAAAAUCAUAGUGAGUUGACGGCGAAUUCAGCUUGUGUUGAAAGUGAAUCAAGCCACCAUCUGGCUUCUGAUUUUGAAAAUCAAAACUCAAAUGAGCUGAUGUCUAAUUCAGCUUAUGAUGGAAGUGGGUUAUGCCACUCCAUGACCUCUAAUUAUGAAAAUCAACAUCCAAAUGAGCAGAUAGUUAAUUCAGCUUAUAAUGGAAGUGAACAAAGCCACCCCAUGGCUUCUGAUCAUGAAAAACAAGACCCAAUAGAGAUGACUCCUAUGUCACCCUUUGAUAAUUUGCUGAUGGCUUCUGAUUUUGAUGAUCCAUUAUCACCCCUCCAACUUGAAGGUGAAUGCGAUCCUUCCUUGCAGAUGCCUUCUAAGCUUACAAGUUACUCAACCUAUGGUACAGGUGCAAGUAGUAUCCUACUGGCUUCUGAUUUUGAAUAUCAAAAUCAAGACAAGGAAACCAAUAUACCAGCUUCCAAUGAAGGUGGAAAGAGUUCUCUUACUAUGCCUUCGGAUUUGGAAAAUCCAAAUCCUCAGGAGAAGAUUGAUAUGUCAACCCUUGAAGAAGCUUCUUUGCAUUCCUCAACAGUUUCACCAGAAUAUAGUCCGGCAGAUGCCUCGCUUCCAGAGUUUCCAGAGCUAAGCCCUCAACUAUGGGCAGAAUUGGAUGCAUACCUAGCGCUAGAGGAAAGCCUGAACCUCCACUCCAGCCACCAGCAUCCGCAAGCACUGAGGAAGUCCCUCCAGACAGAGUCUUUGGUACCCCUCUCAUCUGCACAUUUCACUGUCUUUAUGGUGGAUCCUUCUGAGUUCGAGUUUAUCCAGUCCGUGCAGCCUCAGGAUGCUAAUCCCCUAAAUACAGCCUAUGCCCUCCAAAAUCUGCAGCUAUAUUCAAAGCAAGAUUGUUCUAGUAGUAGCAAUCAACUUUCUGUCCUGGAGUAUGGUGGAGUCGUGAUUGAUUUGUUUCAUGCUAGCGGGUUAGAUAUACCAAUAGAGCAAUAUAAAGGGCUUAUAACCUCUAGCAUGUUUGAUGCAAAUUGCAUAUCAGAACCCAGCGCCAGGGGCCUCUGUUCGGCACUCUGCUCCCGCAAAUUUCAGUACAUUCGUGAAAAUAAAGUUCGAAAAAAUGCGGAACCUUACAUAUUUUGGACACGUUUGUUUGAGUACGGAAACCCCGAUAGACAUGGAAAAGGAUACUGUACGGACAUAGAGGCACGGUUAAACAUGGGACCCACUUACAUUAGAGACCAAUGGCUUUGGAAUGACGAACUUCUCAGUGAAGUAGAUUCUGUGCGGGAACUUAGGGUCGAUGUCUUGGAUAUAGAAGCACACAGAAAACGUUAUAAACGAGCCGAUCAAUCAAAGGUGACAAGCAGAGCAAUGUCUUCACAAACUCCGGUGGGCUAUGGAUUUCAUCCAACCGAUGAAGAAUUGGUGAACCAUUACUUGAGGUUCAAAAUGCAUGGUGGCUAUGAAGAAGAAGUCAGCAGAAUCCCCGAAGUUAAUGUGUGCGAUUAUGAACCUUGGGUGCUACCUAGCCUGUCUGUAAUUCAGUCAAACGAUCCAGAGUGCUAUUUCUUUUGUCCUCGUAAUUACAAGUACGUAAACAGUCAACGGAUUAAUAGGACAACUGAAGCUGGAUACUGGAAGGUCACAGGCAAGGAUCAUAAAAUCAAAGCUAAAUCCACCAAGGAGCAUAUUGCUACCAAAAAGAUUCUAGUUUUCUACAAGGGUCGUUUUCCUAAAGGGGUCAAGACCAAUUGGGUCAUGCACGAGUACCAUCCAAAUUUCAACUUCGGUAGCGAGAGGGACUUCGUUCUCUGCAAACUCAAGAAAGAUCCAGAUGAGAUCAUUCCAACAUAUGAAGAAGGCGAGUCAAGUUUCAAUGUUACUUCUGGUUUUGAAAAUCAAAAUUCAAAUGAGUGUUAUUAUCCCUCAACCUUUGAAGAAAGUGAAUACGGUGCCCGGAUGGCUUCUAAUUUCACAAACAGUGAGCCAGAGGAUGACAGUUAUCAAGUUCAAGCACAGCUGCAAUCAUUCCAUGGCUUUGAUGAGGGAGAUUAUAACCUGAACUCUGCCCUACAGUUUUCAUAUGGGAAUAUGUACUGA